AUUUCUUGUCUCUCCUCUUCUCCUCUGGUCCUAUAUAUCCACAGGGUAUUGUGGUUGGUGUGCGUUUCUGGUUUGCUCUGAAUCAGUCAUGAGACCAACGUUCCGAGCUCUCUGAGAUUUGCAUCUCGAACUCUCAUUUUCCACUUGUUUUCUCGGGAAAAGCUCGGAAAGUUCGAGCCCCUUUCUUGUUCAUCCGGCUCUGGCCCUGGUUUUACGGAUAGAAAUGGGUAGCGGACCGAAGAGUCUGAGGAACUUUCAUAUCCACGGGAAGAAGCACGAGUUCAGAGACAUCCCAAAAGGGUGCUUGGCCAUCAUGGUGGGUCGAGAAGGAGAAGACGAGUUGCAGAGAUUCGUGGUGCCUGUGAUUUACUUCAACCACCCUCUCUUCUUGCAGCUGAUGAAGGAGGCAGAGGAAAAAUUCGGGUUCAGUCAGAAAGGGAUCAUAAAGAUUCCUUGCCACGUCGAGGAGUUCAGGUCCGUCCAGGACAUCAUCGACCGGGAAUGGUCCCUUCACCACCACCACCACCACCACCACCACCACGGUAGCUGCUUCGGCUUUUGACGACUCUGAUCGAACCCUGUUAGGAAAAAAGCUGAUACAAAUUAAAGAGAUCUUUGCCCAGGAAUCAGUAAUCUGUUUUUGGGUUGUACAAAAAUUUGAGUGCUAAGGUUUUCCGUUUCUGACGAUCGAUGAAUUAUCCGAUCACACCAAGAAAGAAAAAAAAGAAGUGGAUGAUCCAGAAAUGAAAUCUGUAGGGUUAGAUCUUGAAGGCAGUAUUGUAAAUUCUUAGUGGCUGGUUAGGUUGCUUUUGGUAUUGAUGAUGACAGUGACGAGGGAAUGUUGGAUCAAUUUUCAGUUGUAUGUACCUUGGUGUUCUGUUUUUUCUGUUUUUUGGCCAAACUACUUUGGGAAUGAAAGAAGUGCGUGUUUUGGUUU